AUGCGAAAGGAAAUGGGGACUGAACCCCAGGUCUCCAAUACCCCGAGCGCCCUCUCCUCCGCCGUGGAGAAGGCGCUGUCUGCCGCCACCCCGCACUCACCCCUUGUCGAUGGGGCACGACCCUCGGCGACCUCCGCCGGCCCAGACUCGGGCGGGGAUGCUCCCCUGGGCCCCACCCCUCGUGGGCGGAGCCUGUGGCCGAGCCUGGCCAAUCAGAGCCCUGCUAGCCACGUGAUUGCCCCGGAGGCGGGACGGGAGCCGGGCUGGACCGGUCCGAGGGGGCACGGGGUCGCCCGCGGAGGUAGCGAGCGGCGCAUCUUCCCGCCGGACGGGAACCCGGGGAGGCCUUGUGACCUCAUCUUUUGGAGACUUCAAGAGAAACAACAGCCCAAGUCAAUCAGGCCUCUGACAGUCAGGAUUAGGGCCUUUACGGAGAAACCAGGACAUCUGAACUUGGCUUUUGCGGGAGGAAAUGCCAGCAAGGCCUUGGCCCCGCUGAUCAGGGCGACCCUGCCCCAGCCUGGACGGUCCAGCGAGAGCCAGCCCUGCACUGAGGUUGCACUCCAGUCCCGAGCCACCGAACACCUUGGCAAGUCACCGAACCUCCCAGACUCAGUGUCCCCAUCUGUAAAAUGGGACGCCGCGGACGCCGUGGCCGUGAGUGCCCACGCUGACAGACGCAGCACAGUACCCACUCGAUGGGUCGUAGCAGCUCCUCCUCACUUCCAGAGCCAGGGGGAGCCUGGAGGAAGAGGGGCGACCCCAGGUGGCAGAGGCCAGGGCUCGUUAUGCCAGAAAGAGACUCGGGCCCAUGGGAGCAGCCGCACGGGGCCUCAGCGACCUCAGGGGCGCAAGCCGGAUCAGUCGUCGCCUCAUGACUCACUCCUGUGCUGGCGGAGGCCGGGCCGUCCUUCCUUCAUAGGCUUUUUGGCAUAAAGAUUUCUGGUGUGAGGACGCCUGUGUGCCUGUCUACACCCGUGGUGAUCAGGCUGGAGUGAGCUCAGAAUGACCUGGAAGGCUUGAGGACGGAUUGGGGCCCCAGGCCCGGAGUGGCGGAUUCCGCA